UGGGUUUAUGUGUAGGAAACGACAACGACGGUUACGGAUUUGGAAAACGAAGAUGAGUAAUUUCGUGUACAGAAUCAGUACCGCGCAGGAGUGGGAGGAGUUGCAGAAAAAUGGGUCCACUUUCGGUGGGGAGCUUGAUAGGUCUUCCGGUUUCAUCCAUCUUAGCAACCUCGACCAGGUUCGGCCAACACUGCAGAAUUUUUUCUUGAACAGCAAGUUGGAACUCCACCUGCUUCAAAUUGAUGCUAGAAAGCUUGGUGAUGGUUUGAUUUAUGAAAUUGUGGAUGGUUCAACUAGCUUCCCUCAUUUCUAUGGGCCAUCUAGAAGCUUUGUUCCUCUCUUACUUGAUGCAGUAACAAAGGCUGAGAAGCUAACUCCCUCAGAUGGUGGAUUCAGUUGUAGUUUGCUUGGUUAAGUACCCUGCUGAUUAAUUAUGUCAUUUUCAGAUGAUGGAUGCUGUGAUAUUACUGUUAGAAUCCUAUAUGGCUUCAUAGUCCGUGUUUUAUGUUUACAUAACUCAAUGAACAUUCUACUCUUUUUUUCAUGAGAAUUGGAUGCACAAAAUUGAAGGAAAACAAUUGUACUAUAAUUGAAGGUUUUAUGUAUGGAGUAAUAAUCUUAACAUAAUGUA